UAUUAUUUUACCUACAGCUUUGUGAAUCUACGAUCUAAACCUCAGAGUUCAAAGCAAAAAGUCUGUGAUUACCUUUAAAAACAUUCUGAAAAAUUUUAACCUACAAAUUUACCUACUUUUUACAUAGAACUAAAAAUGCGAGUUUACAAACUUAUAAUUUUUCUAUGCUUCAUUUUACAUUGCACGGUAAUUGGACUUUUGGACCCAUUUAGUCUCGGAUCCGCAGCUGCUGUUUUAGGUUUGGGGUAUUUGAUAUAUGAUCAAACGUAUUGUAAAUGGAAAGAAUGUUGCACUGAAAAGGAAAUUCCGGGAAAUAUUUCCCAAUUAGCAGCAGUUUUAAAAUCGAAAGUGUAUGGCCAACAUUUAGCAGAAGAAAUAAUAAUUAAAGCUUUAAAGCCACACUGGAAUGAAAAAUAUCGGCCUUUGAAAGCAUUAACGCUCAGCUUUCACGGUUGGCCAGGUGGUGGAAAGACUUACAUAACUGGGUUUAUAAAGGAGGCUUUAUUUACUUUAGGAGGGGCUAGUGAUCAUGUGCACCAUUUUGUUAGUAGAAAGUAGAAUACACUUCCCAGAGGAAUCAAAAGUUGCACAGUAUCAAAAGGAACUAUAUCAAUGGAUUAAGUCAAAUGUGACAAAAUGUCCAAAGCAACUUUUUGUAUUUGAUGAAGUGGAUAAAAUGCCACCAUACUUUUUAAAUGUAAUUAAACCUCUAAUUGAUAUUGACUACACCACGUUUGUAGGGAAGGUAGAUUAUCGAAAAUGUAUAUUUAUAUUCAUGUCGAACACUGGAGAAACAUUAAUAACUGAUCAAAUGGUAAAAAUACAUCAUAGUGGUAUUGCAAGAAAAAAUAUCCAGUUAAAACACUUUGAAAAGUUGAUCAUUAAAGAAGCUUUUAAUGAACAAGGUGGUUUCCAUCAUUCCGAUACUAUUGAAAGUAAUUUAAUAGAUCAUUAUGUCCCAUUCUUAUAAAGAGAACAUGUUAGAGCAUGUAUAAUAGAUCAAUUUCGCAUGAGAGGGGUAAAUCGUCCAUCAGAAGACGACAUACUGUCUGUUUUGGAGUUUGUUGAAUGGGGGCCAUCGCCGGAAAAUCUGUACUCAAAGACAGGUUGUAAACGAAUCAGCCAAAAAGUAGCCUUAAUUGUUCAUAAGUAUUGGAGAUGAACACUUUUGCUAUAGUAUUUAUUAAAAAAUAAUAACUUGUGAUAUAAAAUGUCAUAAUGCUAUUUAAUUGAACUAUUCCAAUUUUACUGUAUUUCUUUGAUUUUAUUCUGGUUAUGAUGUGUUGACACACUCUCGUAUACAAAGCACAAACAUAACUAUUAUGUCAUGACUGAGUAAUUAGUAGGCAUGAUAAAUUCCA